CAUUGUGACGCAAUAAGUCGCUGUUCCGAUUAACGCACUACUCCCUCCGACACGGCUCGCACGGAAAGCUCGCGCGUGCCUUUACAGCUGCAGCGACAACCAAUGUAGUAGUGACGUCAGCAGCUUUGCUUUCAGCCAUUGGCGCUUCCCGCGGGAAAGAUGGGCUCAUAAGGCGGCGUUGAGCGACGGCUCUUUCCUUUCGCCUCUUGCGUUGCUUCUGACGGCUGGCGUCCACGCGGGUUGGAGUCACGGUUGCAAAAAAUGACAUCCAAUUCCCUAAGUGUUAACCAUCGCAUGCAACGCACAGCAACACUUGCACAGGAAGUUCUGGAACGGGCAAAAUCACGAAAAUUAAACUGGCCAAUUCCUGGUCAGCUCCAAAGGAGGACCUUCCGGGAAGGGGAUGGUGAAGAUGCAUGUUUUGCUGCAGCCUUUGCUUCAGUUGCUGAACACAUGGGCCACAUCUCUGCAGCAUGUGAGAACUACUACUGCUGUGUGUCUCCACUUCAGUUUAAGGAGUGUGAAGUUGCCCAUAUCUUUAGAUACCACAGCAGGCAAGCAUCUGAAAAUCUGUUGAAAGCAUUUGAAAAUGAAGAAAGUAAACAUGGUCCAAUAGUGGAAGAACCUGGGUGUCCAGAUACAGAAUCAUCUGCAUUAGUUCCAGCUAAGACCUCUGAUACAAAAGAAAGUAAACAUGAUCCAAUAGUGGAAGAACCUGGGUGUCCAGAUACAGAACCAUCUGCAUUAGUUCCAGCUAAGACCUCUGAUACAAAAGAUAUCUAUGUUGAAGUUUCUCCUGGCACCUACAGCGUCAGCGCAUCUUUGCAUGAAGACGGAAUCAAACAAACACAUCUGCUGAAGAUUAAGCCAGGAGAAAGUGUAAAUUUGACUUUUGAUUUCUAAUCAAGGUAACUAAUGAUAGAUAUGUCAGCAUCUGGCAGUGUGUUUUAAUAUAAUCCCCUUUCUCUUGAGCAUUGUUAAAAUAUUACCUUUUCAGAUGUGAGCAUUUUAUUGUGCUCUUAUUUUGUCUGUUUUUUAUUGUUUAAACCAUGUUUGUCUUAACUUAAAUCAUGUGUACUUUCACUUGUAUGCUAUGCAAUAAAUAUAAAGCUUUAUUUCUAUA